AUGAAGGUCUUCGCCAUUCUUUUGAUGAUUAAAACCGUGUUCAGCGCACCAAUUAAUCCUGAUGGUAAUCAACAGUUUUACUUUUCGAUUUAAUUGAUUUAUUAUAUUCAUCGGUUAAUAUUAACGUUCAGCCAGUGGAGGUUUUAACAGCAGGACAACUUAGCACAUUUUUGUAUCUAAUACUCGGUCCUACACCAACCAUUAAUAUUUUUAGGAUUAUCUGCCCACAGUGUUAGUAUGUUUUUUUUACUCUUAAUUUCGUAAAACAAUUAUCACAAUGGCCCAGUUCGUCAAAUUCAAAAUAACUGCGACUCAUACGCGCCUUUUACUUUGCUAGCUUCUUUUCUACUUAUUUGCGACUUUUAAAUGCAUAAAUGGUACAUUUGCAGAAAAUCGUGACAUUGAAGAUCCCAAUUUAUUUGAGGGAGACAUGCUUCUUACGCCUUUGCAGCGUGCCUAUGCCAUGAUGGGACUGGACGUUUAUUCAUCUAACAAACAGGGAGCUUCAAUUAGAAGUCCACUUUGGCCUGGCGGAGUUUUGAUCUACGAAAUUUCACCAACACUUGGUAGGCCUUUUUAAUAAUUCAAUGAUAUCACAUUUAUUAGUCGAGCAUGUAAGUGCCAAAAUAAUCAACCAAUCAAUUUUUUUUUUCUCUGAUAACACUAAAAUAUAAUUAUUUUUUAAUGCCACUUUUCCUUUAGCUAACCGUCCUGAAGCGAUGACAUCCAUUUUGGCGGGAAUGGAUGAAUGGAGCCGCAAGACAUGCAUCCGCUUUAGAAAACGAACAACUGAGACGGAUUACGCCUAUUUUACAUUUGGCUCGGGGUGAGAGAGGUUUUUUUUUAAUUUUUUUAAUUUUUUUGUCUUUUAGGUUUUCUAACUUUCGGACACUGUAAGAUUAUCUGAAAACAGUAUCUAAUAAUUAUUAAAGUUUUUUUCCCUUUUGUUCUUUAUUUCCUUUUUUUCUCUCUCUCUCUCAUUUUUUUCCUUUCUUGCUUUCUAUCUUGCUUGUUUGACUAUUUCUUUCUAUAAAAAAAUAUUUGAUUUGUAGAUGAUCAUGAUUGGAGUAUAAUACCUAUUUCUUAUCACUAUAAUUUUACACCAUAUUUUGAUUCAGUUGUAGAUCUUGGGUUGGUAAAAUAGGAUCACGUCAGGACAUUUCUCUAGGUUUUGGUUGCUGGGAUAGGGGCAUAGUUGCUCACGAAAUCGGUAAUUAUUCCGUUAUUGUGUUUAAUCACUUUCGGACGAAGCAGCAGCAAUAUAGGAUAGAAUAUUGCUUAAUACAUUUUGCUAAUUCAAUAAAGGUUGCUUUGAGCAUUUGGAAUUGCCCACUAAUAAGAUCUUGUGGGUGAUCACUCAAGCAGAUCAUCGCUUUGUUCUGUAUACCCAAAUGCCCAAUGCCCAAUUGCCAAAGGAACCUUUUUUGAUUAAGGUGUAUGCUUAAGUACCUAUUAACGACAGAAAAAAGGACUCACGGCCGUAAAGUUCUCAGGUGGAUCUUUCCAUAUUCAGACAUAUACAACCACAUGAAUUUGGACAAUUUCCAAGCCACACAGAUAAUUUAAGGAUUUUUUUCCAGCACGAACGACAAAACAAGCUAACGGCUAAAAUCUCAUCUCUGUAUACUGUGAUGUCUGAUCGUUUGGGAUGAUUUUCAAGACAGCCGCCAAAGAAAUAGACCUAUUUAGCUUGAAUGUUUUGUUUUCCCAAUAAACGUUCAAAAGAAACUUGACCCUUUGUCUUUUCAUAAAAUAUGCGUAGAUAUGUGUUAAGACUCACAUCAACUUUGUAUAAACCGGCAAGAAAAGUAAUUUAUCACGAUCGUGCGAGCAUAUAUAAUCAAGGGCUUGGGCCCACUUCAUGUAGUUGUCACGAGGUAUAAUCCUUCAUAUAUACGCCACCAAAUAUAACAUUAUUCACAACAAUAUGCACGCAAAUUAAUCAAAAUUUGAAAGAAACAGUUCUCUAGUGUAUUUUCACAUGGCCUGUAUUGGGAAAACAGAACAUAGAAGCUAAAGAGGUCUAUUUAGCUCCUCCUUCUUUUGCUGUUUCUAACAGCCAAUCAGAUUCUGUCAGAGUGUUUCAAUACACCUCCAGCGCAGCGGCAAAAAUCUGACUGCUGAUCCGCACAGGCGUCCAGGGUGUAGGAAUCAUCCAUUUAGGUGCAUUUAUUUAGAGGAUAUUACACGGUGGCGCGAGCAUAUGACUUUUAUUUUCGAGUGGCAAAACAAUAUUUUACGAACGAGCGCAGCGAGUAAUAAAUGUUGUUUUUGCCGCGAGAAAAUAACAUUCAUAUCUUCAAGCCGCCGUGUAAUGUUCUUUUCAUUACUUAGACAAAAUGACAUCAACAAAAUAAUAGCACGAAAUUACCAAAAUUACUUCAUCGAUAAACUCACACGUGAGAUUAUGGAAAAUAAACCACUCGGGUCUCGGAUGUAGUUUUUAUGAAUUUUACGAGUGGUAUAUUUUCCAGUAAAACACUCGUGUCUAUAUAAUAAAAAAUAAUAUAUAUCUUUUUUGCAGGACAUGCUUUAGGUUAUUUACACGAACAAUCUCGUCCUGACCGAGACCAAUAUGUCACUAUUUUGAAAGACAACAUAAAACCUGGUAAGAACGAAAACAGGCAAGUUUCGUAUUCCCCGAAGGCCCUGGGACGAGCACGAUCCCGUGGCUAAUGCGGGUCAACUUCUUUGCAGAAACAAAAACAAACAUAGGUAAUUUGCCGCUGAGUCGCUGGAAAACGAUAGAAAUCUUAAAAAUAGUAAGAUUUCAAAGCCUUAACUUUAUCAGUAAGCCAAAGGGAUGUCUAUUGCGACCAACAAAAUUGUGGGAAAAGCUGAUCGUACUUAAAAGAAGAAAGGUAAAAAGCGACGAAGCCAAAGGAAGAAGAAAACUUUUUAAGCAUGAAAACGGUAAAGUUCGUUGAAAUGACAUUCCAAUUUUUUUUAUCUUACUUCUCAGAAUUCUAUUUUACUCUUGUGUAUAUCUAUAAAAUGGAGUUUAAACUGUGCAGUAUAUCGUCUGUAUAAAAUUAUGUGUUCGAGUUCUUGUCGAGUGAAAUGUGCGUACGUUUUUCCUUUGUGACUGAAUAUUUUGAUAAAUAAUGUGAGCUAAAUGUAAGCUUAUGUAUAGCUAAACUUAAACUAUUUUAGUUAUCUUCGUUCAAACCGAUUUAACCUUCUUACAGUACAAGGUAUUUAAUGCAGAACGUCUGCCCCGUCAGUUUAUUUAUUUAUUUAUUUUUUUUUCAAAAGCACAAGAGUUUGCAUUCGCUCCGAAAAAAAAUAUCAACUAUGAAGAUUUCAGUUUAACUUGCAGGCUUUCGACAAGUACGUACAACAUUAAAAUGGCUACAAGGUAUUACCUUGUUUGAGGAUUUUGAAACCAUCUCGCAUUUUUUAUUGAACUCACUCACCGACCACUAUUUCGGUCAAAUUCUGGUUAGGCUCGUUGUUUUUCUUAGUGAUGACGAACUGAUUUUCCCUUUGCUGUUUGAAACAAUAUAUUCUCAAGCCUGUAAAUAAGCUUUGAGACUUCCAAAACCUUUCAAUGCUUCAAAUUGUCCUUUUUUUCGGCAACUCGGCCGCAGUUUCUUCAUGUUUGUUUGUCUUCUUGGUGAGAAGUGACCCGCAUUAGCCUCACUUUCGCGUAAAAACAAGCACUCGUCCUAGGCCGCCCAUGAAUACGAAACUCGCUUACUCCUCAGACAGAAUAGUCGUAAGGAUAAUGAUGACGACGGCCACACUUAAGAUGGCGAUGAUGAUGAUGAUGAUGAUGAUGAUGAUAGUGGAGAUGAAAAUGAUAGUUGUGAAAAUUAUCAUUGGUAUAAUUCCGCGUAGUACCAGUACAAUGGUAGGUACUGAAAUGCCAAUUUCACGGCAAAUCAAUGUAGACAACUUGCUGCUUUAUUAUGUAAGUCAUGUUCUUAUGCUAGAAGGUAUUAUUAGCAUUGUGUCUAUAAGAAUAAAAAGAAAUUCUGUAUCCAAAAAAGGUGGACAUCAGGUAAACCUCUCGUUCAAUACUAGUUUGUGUUUAAAUUAUUCCUUGCUAGCAGAAGCCCUUUUUUCCCUAGUACUUGGCCGGGAGGAAGGAAAAGAGACUCAAACUCAACGGUCAGUAGACAAUACAAGGAGCAUGUGUUUUGUGCAAAGCACCGUGCACGAGAGUGGACGGCGGCUUCAUCUGUCUGUCUGUUUCGGCCCAUGGCAGAGGUCUCUUUUCCUCCCUCCCGCCGAAUACCAGAAAAAAGAGGUCUCUGUUAGUAGGGAAUUCAAAUUAUCGACCAAAGUUGAAAAGGAACUGUUGUCAAUACAGUGAAUCAAAAAUAAGAGUAAUCACGUACUCAUAUCACUUCCAACAUACAGUCUUUAUUCAUGUAUAAUUUAUUCAUUUAUUUAUUUAUGUAUUUAUUUAUGUAUUUAUUUGUUUAUUUAUUUGUUUAUUUAUUUAUCCUUUUACUUAUUUUUUUUUAACUGCUUGCUCAAUAAAUUGUGAUUGAAACGUUUUUCUUUCAGGGGAAGAACACAACUUUUUUAAAUACGAUAAUUCACUAAUUGAUUCGCUUGGAACCCGUUACGAUUACGAAAGUGUAAUGCAUUACUCACAGGACGCAUUCUCUAGGAACGGAUUGCCCACAAUAUUGGUUAAAAAGAAAGGGGUA